AUGGAAAAUGCAUCAGUGGUGACAUCAUUCGUACUGAUACCCUAUUAUGAAAUGGAGGACCUGAAAUACCUAUACUUUGCAACAUUCCUCCUGUUGUACUUGAUCACUGUUGUCCUAAACUUUGUUCUUAUUGCAGUAAUUUGUGUUGACAGAGCUCUGCAUGAACCAAUGUAUAUAUUUUUGUGCAACAUGGCAUUUAAUGGAGUGAUUGAGAGCUCAAGUUUGUUACCCUCCCUUCUGAGUAAUUUGCUGUCACAAUCUCAUGAGGUUUCUCUAAUCUGUUGUCAAGCACAGAGCUUUUCUUUACAUACAUCUACUUCUGCUGAAUAUACUAUUUUAACAGUGAUGGGUUACGACAGGUAUGUUGCUAUUUGCUACCCCCUGCAGUAUCACAGCAUUAUGUCUCUUUCAAAAGUGUACAAACUUAUCGCAUUCUCCAGGUUGUAUUCCCUUAUUGGAUUUACCUUAUUAUUUAUCAUGACUAUACAACUGAAAUAUUGUAAAAACAUAAUAGAUGAGCUGUACUGCACGAAUCAUUCACUACUGAAGCUCUCCUGUACAGAUACAUCCAUUGAGAACUUUUUUGGAGGACUUUCAAUUGUUUUGUUUAUAUCUCCACAGGUAAUACUAAUCCUUUACUCAUAUGCACAUAUUCUCAGAGUCUGCUUACGGUCUUCCAAAGAAUCACAAAUGAAAGCACUGAAAACAUGUACUCCUCACCUAUUAACAAUGAUGAAUUAUUCUUUUGGAUGCUUAUUUCAAUUGUCUCAAAGUAGGUUCAACAUGAGCCAUGUUAAUUACAGAUUUCGCAGAUUUAUGUCCCUUUACUUUUUGAUAAUUCCUCCUGUGAUAAAUCCAGCCAUCUAUGGAAUGAACAUUCAAUCCAUUAGAUGUGUGCUCAGUCCCCUGUUGUACUCCUUGUUCACCCACGACUGCAAGGCCACACACAGCUCGAACACUGCAAUAAAGUUUGCUGACGACACCACCAUCAUUGGCUGCAUCACAGAUGGAGACAAGUCUGCCUAUAGAGCAGAGGUGAGAGCCCUGACAUCAUGGUGUCAGGACAACAACCUCCUGCUCAACGUCAGCAAGAUCAAGGAGCUGAUCGUCGACUACAGGGGGCUGCAGGCACAUCAAGGGAACAGCAGUGGAGAGGGUGUGGUCAUGGAGGCAGCGAGGCAGCGACUCUUCUUCCUCCGACGGCUAAGGAGGUUCGGCAUGGACUCCAGGAUACUCACCAACUUCUACAGGUGCACCAUCGAGAGUAUCCUGACUGGCAGCAUCACGGCCUGGUACGGCAGCUGCACUGUCCUCGACCGCAAAGCUCUGCAGAGGGUGGUCAGAUUAGCACAACGCAUCACCAGGACUGAGCUGCCAGCCAUCCAGGACCUCUACAGCCAGCGCUGCAGGAGGAAAGCACAGCGAAUUCUCUCUGACCACAGCCAUUCCACCCACAGUCUUUUCAUGCUCCUGCCGUCUGGCAGGCGGUACAGGAGCAUCCGGAACCGAACCAGCAGGUUCAGAGACAGCUUUUACCAGCAAGCCAUCAGGCUUCUGAACUGCUGA